GCUCUAAUAGAGCGAAUUAAAUAGAUCUAGGUCACUAUAGAAACAAAAUUUUAAAAUAGAUACCCUGCAAAAAUGGCGAUUCACUCUCGUGCUUUUUUGCUUUUAAGAAGAGAUCUUGUGAACCUUCAAAGGUUCCCUUUAACUGGUAUCUCAGCAUCUCCAACUGACUCGUUCGACCUUUUUAAUUGGACAGCUAAAGUUGAAGGUCUCUCCGGGACAAUAUGGGAAGGUGGAGUGUUUCAAGUGAAGCUGGCCUUCACUGAUGAUUUUAACUACGUACCUCCUGUCAUAAACUUCAUAACUGUACCGUUUCAUCCAAAUGUGGACCCAAGUAAUGGUAGUCCCAGCUUUCAUCUUCUAGCUGAAAAUGGAUGGCAUUGCAUUAAUGAAUCCACUGAAGACAUCACUGUGGCAUCAAUAUGUCUGCGCUUACAGACGUUGCUCAGUAACCCUGAACUGGAUGAUGGUUGUGUUCUUAAUCCGUCAGCUGCUCACUUACUUCGGGAAGCACCACACACUUACAAGCAAAUGGUGUUGGAUUGUGUUACCACCAGUUUGAGAAUUGAUGCUGGACUGACUCCGUUUGAACCGGACACACCUCCACAAUCUCCGCAUCAUACUGUUGUUGAAAAUGAAUCUUCUGUCAGUAGACAGGGGAAACCAAUGAAACCUGUUUCGUAUGAUAACUAUCAUAUCCUAUGGAAAGGAAUUGCUACUUCUAUAACUGAUUAUAAGCGAACUAAUCAGUUCACUAGGCUAUUGGAUGCUGACACUAAACUUGGUCGUGUUCACCAUGAGCAAAUAAGAAUCCUAGAAACAAAGUUGGAGCAGCAUUCUGAAAUGAAGUAUGGUAAGCCACCCAGUAAUAAAAAAGCCACCCGAAAAAGUUCAGUUGGAAAUGCCAAGUCCCGUCUAAAGCGAGUUGAAGAGCUACGGUCAUUGUACAAGAAUGCUACAGAUACUGAAAAAGGUGAUGCUUCAUGUGUUCCAUUGAUCCUACAAGAACGACCAGUCAGUGUCUUAGCUGAUAACUCAGAAGAAGUAGAACAUUUAGUUCAAUGGACGAAGGAUUUAAACGAACUACAGCUGCUGUCACAAUGACAUACAAUGUACAUGUACAUGCAGUGUCAUAAUUAAUUUUUAACGUUUACUAUAGUCACAAAAAUAAUCUUAAUGAGCUCUGCAUAUAUGCAAGGGUCAAUGUCUAUUUAUUAUUUAAA